CACCUGUGCAAGAUUGAAGGGGAGGAGCCGGUACACCUGCAUAAGACUGAAGGGAGGAGCCGGUACACCUGUGCAAGACUGAAGGGGAGGAGCCGGUACACCUGUGCAAGACUGAAGGGGAGGAGCCCGUACACCUGCAAGACUGAAGGGGAGGAGCCGGUACACCUGUGCAAAACUGAAGGGGAGGAGCCGAUACACCUGUGCAAGAGUGAAGGGGAGGAGCCGGUACACCUGUGCAAGACUGAAGGGGAGGAGCCGAUACACCUGUGCAAGACUGAAGGGGAGGAGCUGGUACACCUGUGCAAGACUGAA